UCAACAUCUACUGCUGGAUUUCACCAGGAUCCCCCAGAUCAUCUUACACCGGAUAGACCACUUGCAGGAUUAUGGUGGAAAAGAGGAGGAUUUCUCUGACCAGCAGCUCUGUGGACAGGAUAGGAAUUCCAGUUUGGACCAAGAAGAACCAAAACCUCUGCAGAUAAAAGAAGAGCAGCAAGAACCAGAACAUCCCUGGACAAAAGAGGAAACCAUGGAGCUCCCUAUUAGUGAGCAGAAAGAUCAGCUUGUUCUGAAGCAGGAGGCUGAAGGUACAGGAGACGAAGCCUUCCCAGACCGCCUGCAGGAUUAUGUUGGAAAAGAGGAGGAUUUCUCUGACCAGCAGCUCUGUGAACAGGAGGGAAAUUCCAGUUUGGGCCAAGAGGAACUAGAACCUCUGCAGAUCAAAGAAGAGCAGCAAAAGCCAGAACAUCCCUGGACAAAAGAGGAAAUCAUGGAGCUCCCCAUUAGUGAGCAUGAAGAGCAGCUUGUUCUCAUGGAGGAGACUCCAGAUACAGGGGAGAAACCUUUCCGAUGUAUUACAUGUGGAGAAAACUUUUUAAUAAAAGAAGAUUUAAUAGUUCAUAUUAGAACUCACACUGGUCAGAACAUUUAUGAAUGUCUGUCAUGUGGAAAAAUCUUUCUUGAGAAAUCUAAUUUUGAGAGACACAUCCAAAUUCAUACAAGUGAGAAGCCUUUCAAAUGUCUUUUCUGUGAAAAAAGCUUUGCCUUAAAGUCUCAUUUGACUAAACAUGUGAGAAUUCACACAGGUGAGAAGCCGUUCUCCUGUACAGUUUGUGGCAAAAGUUUUACUGAAAAAGGUAAUUUGACUGAACACAUGAGAAUUCACACUGGUGAGAAGCCUUUCCGAUGUCUAUCCUGUGGAAGAAGCUUCACAACGAAAUGUAAUCUUAACAGACAUAUCAGAAUUCACACUGGCGAGAAGCCUGUCAAAUGUCUUUCCAGUGGAAAAAGCUUUACCUUAAACUCUCACUUCAGUGCACACAUCGAAAAUCACAAAGGUGAGAGGCCUUUCAAUUGUAUGUCCUGUGGAAAAAACUUUGCCUCGAAGUCUAAUUUGAAUGAACACAUCAAAAUUCACACAGGUGAGAGGCCUUUCUCCUGUACGAUUUGUGGCAGAAGUUUUACUCUAAAAAGUAAUUUGGCUAAACACAUGAAAACUCACACAGGUGAGAAGCCUUUCAAAUGUAUGUGUUGUGGAAAAAGCUUCACUUUUAAUUAUGAUCUUAACAUACACAUGAGAACUCACACUGGUGAGAAGCCUUUCAAAUGUCUUUUCUGUGGAAAAACAUUUGCCUUAAAGUCUCAUUUGAAUGAACACAUCAAAAUUCACACUGGGGAGAAGUCUUUCUCUUGUACGAUUUGUGGCAAAAGUUUUACUCUAAAAAGUAAUUUGGCUAAACACAUGAAAACUCACACAGGUGAGAAGCCUUUCAAAUGUAUGUCCUGCGGAAAAAGUUUCACCUUUAAAUAUGAUCUUAAGACACACAUCAGAAUUCACACAGGUGAAAAGCCAUUCUCCUGUAUUACUUGUGGAAAAAAUUUUACUCAAAAAAUUUGCUUGACUAAACACAUGGCGACUCAUGUAAGAAACAUGUUUCAUCUAUGACACAUUAAACCAAUCUUAAAAUUAGAGAUUUAUUCUUUCACAUAAGAAUUCACAUCAGUUAACCCCACAGGAACGAACAGUAGAGGCCUUUUCCAUGUUUGACCUGUGAUGAAAUAGCUGUGUUUCUGUCAGGUCUAACAUCUAAAACACUGUAAAACAAGGAGACAAAGGCACAGAGUCAGAAUUAUUUUUACUCUCGAGGAGAGUAGGAAGAGACCGUGCAGGUACAUCUCCAACCCACUCUGCCGGUCUUUAGCUUUAUCCUCGCUAUUUAUUAAAGUCAGGGGGGGCCUAGUUACACAAGCUGAGGUUGCAAGAAAAGAAAUACAAUUCAAUUUGCAGCCUCAGUGAACAGGUCAAUUUGCAUUUAAAUAUCUUGCAUUCAAAUGAACCUCCUGGUUUUGUUAAGCUUGAGCAAUACUUCCUGAGAGUUGACCUAUACUGCUUGUGCAACACCUCUCUGGAACAGUGAUAUGUCACACAUUAUACAUCAUAAGAACAAACCUUAAGUAUCUUAUACAUAAUUAUUCCAACAGUUUCAAUCCAACAAAAAUGUGAACUUUAAGCAAACUUAUCAAAGAAAAACAAAAAAUGGCAAUUUGAAUCAGAGGUGUUUCUAUUUGGUUUGAAGCAAAUUAUCCAACUACAGCCAAGAGCAAUGUGAACAUAGGGGCUGCAAUAUACCAAUGACUGCAGAUCAAUAAUGGAAGAAAGUUUGAAUGAAUGAUGAGGAUAUGACUAAAAAAUCAAAUCCUUUUUGUUUUGGUCAUCUUGGACAAUUAUGAUUUUAAAUGAAGUACCGUAAAUCCUCUAAAAUUGGCCUGUAUUCCAUUAGCAGCUGGGUCCCUAAUAAUGGUCUGUCUCACUGUCGCCAGAGGUAAAUACUGGCCGGACUCU